AUGAUUUACUUUACAGUUGAUGGCGAUUGGGGAAACUGGGGAGAAUUUUCCAAUUGUACAAAAACCUGUGGUAAUGGUACCAGGACUCGACAACGACUUUGUGAUAAUCCAAGUCCUGCACAUGGUGGUGCGACUUGUCUCGGCAAUCAAACUGAAACUGUGGCAUGCGCAGAAAUUCCCUGCCCUGUGGAUGGAAACUGGGGAGAAUGGUCGGAUUUUAGCGACUGUUCUACAACAUGUGAUGGAGGAACACAAAACAGAACAAGACUAUGUGAUGAUCCAGAACCGAGUAAUGACGGUGCUACCUGUUCUCCUCCUGGUAGCGAAACUAGGUCCUGUAAUACCAUUUCAUGUAUAGGUAGUACCUACUUAUUUAUUUUCAAAUGA